GAACUUGGAUUGAUAACAGUCAACAUUGACCACUUGACAGCAAGUGAAUCAAAAAUGUCAACUCUCACCAAAGAAAAAGUCUUAAAAUUUCAUAAGGAAUGCUUUGAUAAGAUUGGAAAAUUCCCAGGAAAAAAAUAUCACAUUGAGCUUGUGGAUGAGCCCAAACCAGUCAUUCAUCCACCAAGAGCUGUGCCUAUUCACAUCAUGCCAUUGUACAAAGCUGAGCUAGAGAAGAUGAAGGCAGAUGACAUCAUCACUGAGGUUACAGAGCCAACAGAAUGGGUCAACUCCAUCACAUGCAGAAUUACCCAAAGUAAAGCAAGCAAAAACUCAGACUGUGCCUUGAUCCAAAGGACCUCAAUAAAAAUAUCAAAAGAGCACAUUAUUCAACACGGACGAUCGAUGAGCUUCUACCACUCCAGCAUGGGAAAAAAUACUUCAGUGUCAUAGACACAAAGAAAGGCUACUGGCAUGAAGAACUAGACUACGAGUCAAGCCUAUUAUGCACAUUUAACACGCCGUUUGGCAGAUACAGGUUCAAGCGCCUGCCUUUCGGAUUGGUGGUUUCACAAGACAUUUUUCAAAGGAAGCUUGAUUCCAUUUUCAAUAACAUUCCCAAUGUCUCAGGGAUAGCGGAUGACCUGAUCAUAUCUGGAACCACGGAAGAGGAGCAUGACAGAGCUUUCAUACAAGUAAUGGAAGCAGCGAAGAGGAAUAACAUCGGGUUUAACUCUGAGAAACUGCAGUUCAAACAAAACAAAGUCAGCUUCUAUGGCCAUACACUCACCGAAGAUGGCCUCCAGCCCUCAGAGAACAAGCUGCAAGCUAUCAAAGACAUUCAAACUCCAACCAAUACUAAAGAGCUCCAGACACUCCUAGGAAUGAUCACAUACCUUAACAGAUUCUCAACCAAACUAGCAGAGCUAGUGUCUCCACUAAGAGAACUUAAUAAGAAAAAUGUCCACUUCAGAUGGGAACCGCAUCAUCAGCAAGCUCUCGAUGACAUCAAGAAAAAACUAAGUACCCAAAAACUGAUCAGCUACUACGACCCUGAUCCCAAUACAGUAACCAUCCUGCAGUGUGAUGCCAGCACCAAGGGUCUCGGAGCCUGGAUCAGACAAAUUGACCAACAAGGACAGGAGAAAAUCGUCGGUAUGGCGUCAAGAUGUUUGAGCCCUACUGAGUCCAGAUACUCCAACAUCGAAAGGGAGUGCCUCGCAGUUAUGUUUGGACUAGAAAAGUUUGAAUACUACCUGCUUGGGCGACAAGUCAUGGUGGAAACUGACCACUCACCCCUGGAGCAGAUUUUCAAGAAAAACCUUGCAGAAACACCCACAAGACUCCAGAGAUUCAUCCUCAGAUGUCUUAAAUUUGACAUUGAAGUUAAAUACAAACCAGGGCAGACAAUCCCAUUAGCAGAUGCUCUGUCACUUAUUUGUCAAAAGACAACAAAAGAAACAACCACACACAAUCAAUCUGACGUCCAUUUCUUUUCUACUGCUACACAGCUGGUAGAUAACAGCGCCAUCAGAGAAGCAAUGGCACAAGACCCGACAAUGAACAUUCUUAAAGAUACCAUCUACAAAGGUUGGCCUCAAUACAGGAAGCAGUGUCCACCCGAACUGUGGGAAUAUUGGACAUUCAGAUGUGAUCUUGUCCUGGAAGAUGGUCUCAUUCUAAAAGGAGAGAGAAUCGUCAUCCCAGAAGCACUGAGAAGUGACAUUUUGAACAUCCUUCACACUGGUCACCAAGGUGAGACUAAAUGCAUAUUACUUGCCAGAGAAUCUGUGUUUUGGCCAGGUAUUAGCAGCACCAUAAGAGAAAUGGUGAAAGGAUGUCAUGUGUGCAGCAUGUUCCAGCCAGCGCAACAGAAACUACCCAUAAUGCAACCUGAUCUUCCAACACGCCCAUGGGAAAUACUUGGUUCCGACAUAUUUGAGUUCAACGGUCACAAAUACCUGAUCAUUGUAGACUACUAUUCUCGAUUCCCAGUCGUGAGACUACUUCCUGACAUAUCUGCAAGAACAGUGUGCACGUACUUCAAGAGUGUUCUGGGUGAGCAUGGGCUACCCUCAACAAUAAUUGCAGACUGUGGCACACAGUACAUGAGUGAAGAAUUCAAAAAGAGAUGUGAGGAGUCAAACAUCACCUUAAAGUUCAGCUCACCCUACCACCAUCAAGCUAACAGUGUAGCCGAAAGAGCUGUGGGGACCGUGAAAGCGCUGUGGAGAAAAGCAGAGGAAGAUAACACAUGCCCAUACACAGCAUUGUGGAUGUACAGAAUAACACCACUAGAUGACAACAUGCCAUCACCAUAUGAGCUACUAUAUGGCAGAAAACCAAGAUCUUUACUGCCAUUCAGCAAAGGAGCUCUUCUGUCACACCAUCCACAUGGUGACGAUCAUCUAGAGAUGAACAGAGAAAAGCAAGUAAAACAGCAAAUGUUUUACGACAAGCGUGCUGGAAAUGAGAAGUGUGACCUUCAAGAUAAAGAAGAAGUGUAUAUGAGAAACGCACUCAAAAAGAUAUGGGAGCCAGGAACCAUCUUGAACAGGCCCAAUCCCAUCAGAGAGCCAAGGACAUACCUUGUUAACAUUGGAGGAAAAACCUACCAGAGAACAAGGGAUCAGCUCAAGCCCAGACACACGAGAAAACCCAGUGGGAAUCAGCAGCAAGAAUUACCCCAAAACAAUGGAUUAAAACCAACCUCUUCAUCACACCACUCUUCAGAAACAACAACAUCCAUCCUUUCUGACUCACUGGAGGACACCACCCCUAAUUCCCCACAAAGGUCAGAAGAUGUGAAAGAACCACCACAAGAAGAGAUGCCCCCAGUUACGAACAAUAAAGGAGGAUAUCAGAUCAGAAGCCAGAGCACCAGAUCUGGGAGGAUUACCCGUAUACCACCAAAGUUUAAUGAGUAAAGAAAAAGUGAAACUUUCUGUCCUUUUGAAGUUAUACAAGUUUUUUUAUUAAAAGAGGGGGAUGUCAUAGUAUUGAUAAGUUAAAUACAUUGGAUUGUGAAAUGAUCACCUGCAUGUUUUAAGUUAAUGCAUUUCCGAGAACUUCCACUAGGUGGCAGUGUGAGACACCAGACGCUUUAUGUUAUUAUCGACAGUGUUGUUUUGACUCUGUUUGACUUUUUCCUUCUGUCAUGAUGUACAGCCAUCGGCGCACGUUCCCUGCUGAAUAAAAUCUACGUCAAGUUCA